AUGGGUAAGGAGAAGACUCAUAUCAACGUCGUUGUCAUCGGACACGUCGACUCCGGCAAGUCCACCACUACUGGUCACUUGAUCUACAAGUGCGGUGGUAUCGACAAGCGAACCAUCGAGAAGUUCGAGAAGGAAGCCGCUGAACUCGGCAAGGGCUCCUUCAAGUACGCAUGGGUUCUUGACAAGCUGAAGGCCGAGCGUGAGCGAGGUAUCACCAUCGAUAUCGCUCUGUGGAAGUUCGAGACACCUAAGUACAAUGUCACUGUCAUCGAUGCCCCAGGUCACCGUGACUUCAUCAAGAACAUGAUCACUGGUACUUCCCAGGCCGACUGCGCUAUCCUUAUCAUCGCUGCCGGUACUGGUGAGUUCGAGGCUGGUAUCUCCAAGGAUGGUCAGACUCGAGAGCACGCUCUGCUUGCCUACACCUUGGGUGUCAAGCAGCUCAUCGUUGCCAUCAACAAGAUGGACACCACCAAGUGGUCCGAGGAUCGAUUCAACGAGAUUAUCAAGGAGACCUCCAACUUCAUCAAGAAGGUUGGUUACAACCCAAAGACCGUCCCAUUCGUCCCCAUCUCCGGCUUCAACGGUGACAACAUGAUCGAUGUCUCUUCCAACUGCCCAUGGUACAAGGGUUGGGAGAAGGAGUCCAAGGCCGGUAAGGCUUCUGGCAAGACCCUUCUCGAGGCCAUUGAUGCUAUCGACCCACCAUCCCGACCAACCGACAAGCCACUCCGACUUCCUCUCCAGGAUGUCUACAAGAUCUCCGGUAUUGGAACGGUUCCAGUCGGUCGUGUCGAGACCGGUAUCAUCAAGGCCGGUAUGGUCGUCACCUUCGCUCCUGCCAACGUCACCACCGAGGUCAAGUCGGUCGAGAUGCACCACGAGCAGCUCACCGAGGGUGUUCCAGGUGAUAACGUCGGUUUCAACGUCAAGAACGUCUCCGUCAAGGAGGUUCGACGAGGAAACGUCUGCGGUGACUCCAAGAACGAUCCACCAAAGGGCUGUGACUCAUUCAACGCCCAGGUCAUCGUCCUCAACCACCCUGGUCAGGUCGGUGCCGGUUACGCUCCAGUCUUGGAUUGCCACACUGCUCACAUUGCUUGCAAAUUCUCUGAGCUUCUCGAGAAGAUCGAUCGACGAACUGGCAAGUCCGUCGAAGCCUCUCCUAAGUUCAUCAAGUCUGGUGAUGCUGCCAUCGUCAAGAUGGUUCCAUCCAAGCCAAUGUGUGUUGAGGCAUUCACUGACUACCCACCUCUCGGUCGAUUCGCCGUCCGUGACAUGAGACAGACCGUUGCCGUCGGUGUCAUCAAGUCCGUCGCCAAGUCCGACAAGUCUGGUGGCAAGGUCACCAAGGCCGCCCAGAAGGCUGGUAAGAAAUAG